GCGGAUUUGCGGCAGUGAACACUGGCAACCUGCACGUUGCGGAGGGGCGGCGCUACUAGUGCACACAGUAGUUUCUGGAAGGAACCUCAUGCUCGCAACAUGGACAAAGUGUCUGCAUUGAAAGACCAAGGCAACAAAGCACUGAGUGCAGGAAAUAUCGAUGAGGCCAUACGCUGCUACACUGAAGCCGUGACUCUCGACCCCAAAAACCAUGUCCUGUUCAGCAACCGCUCGGCUGCCUACGCCAAAAAAGGCAAUUAUCAAAAGGCUCUGGAGGAUGCUUGUGAGACCAUCAAGAUAAAACCGGACUGGGGCAAGGGUUACUCCCGUAAAGCUGUGGCCCAGGAAUUUCUUGGACGACUCGAGCAUGCAAAAGCGACGUACCAAGAGGGCAUCCGGCAGGAGCCGAACAAUCAGCAGCUAAAGGAGGGUUUACAAUGCAUUGAAGCCCGCCUUGCAGAGAAAUCAAUGAUGAAUCCUUUCGCCAUGCCUAACAUGUAUCAAAAGCUGGAGAAUGAUCCUCGCACCCGUGAGCUCUUGGCAGAUCCGAGCUACAAAGAACUCCUGGAGCAACUCCGGAACAACCCCUCUGCGCUUGGAACGAAGCUGCAAGAUAAACGAGUGAUGACCACGCUGUCUGUGGUGCUGGGUCUGAACUUGUCAGGAAUGGAUGAAGAAGACGAGCCCGCUCCGCCUCCUCCUCCUACUACCAAACCGAAAGAGACGCAGCCUCCCGCUCCCACAAACGAAGACCUUCCUGACAACAAGAGGAAUGCCUUGAUAGAAAAGGAACUUGGGAACACUGCCUAUAAGAACAAGGACUUUGAUACAGCGCUGAAGCAUUAUGAAGAAGCAAUCAAGCAUGAUCCUAACAACAUGACAUAUAUUUCCAAUCAAGCUGCUGUUUACUUCGAGAAGGGACAUUUUGAGAAGUGCAGGGAGCUGUGUGAGAAAGCUAUUGACGUUGGCCGAGAGAACCGGGAAGACUACAGACAAAUAGCAAAGGCACUGGCCAGGAUUGGCAACUCGUACUUCAAGCAGGAAAAGUACAAAGAAGCGGUUCAGUAUUUCAACAAGAGUUUAACAGAGCAUCGCACCCCUGAUGUCUUGAAAAAGUGUCAACAGGCCGAGAAGAUCCUGAAAGAAUUGGAGAAACAAGCCUACAUUAAUCCUGAUUUAGCUCUGGAGGAGAAGAACAAGGGCAAUGAGGCCUUCCAGAAGGGAGACUAUCCUCUAGCUAUGAAACAUUACAGUGAGGCCAUCAAAAGAAAUCCAAAUGAUGCAAAGCUCUUCAGCAACCGAGCUGCCUGCUACACUAAACUGUUGGAGUUUCAACUUGCCCUGAAGGAUUGUGAGGAGUGCAUCACACUUGAGCCCACAUUCAUUAAAGGCUAUACACGCAAAGCAGCUGCUUUGGAAGCAAUUAAAGAUUUUUCCAAAGCCAUGGAUGUGUACCAGAAAGCUUUGGAGCUUGAUUCUUCAUCAAAGGAAGCCACAGAAGGCUUACAGCGCUGCAUGGUCAGUCAGACAAUGAGGAACGACAGCCCUGAGGAAGUAAAGCAAAGAGCCAUGGCCGAUCCCGAGGUGCAGCAGAUUAUGUCCGAUCCCGCCAUGCGCAUGAUCCUCGAGCAAAUGCAGAAGGACCCUCAGGCGCUCAGCGACCACUUAAAGAAUCCGGUCAUUGCAAAGAAAAUUCAGAAACUCCUGGAUGUCGGACUCAUAGCCAUCCACUGAUGUGACACGAGCCAAGAUGUGACGAAACGCCUAAAAGUGGAACAAAUUGCAAAUUAUCACUCCCUGAAUAUGACAUUGUCUUCAAAAUUAUACUCUUUGUGGUAUCACUUAAACUGUGUUGUUUUUGAGCAUUUUAAGUCCUGACUAUUUUAAAUCUGAAUUCCUUUGCCACUUAGACACCAGAUUCAAAAGGAUGUGCUUCGAAAAUACACUUGCGUCAUCGCCAUUGGUGUUUUCAAGGCCAUUACUCACUGUAAAGCUGAGCACAUUUUUCUCUUGAAGCAAGAAAAUUGUUAGAGUGAAACAAUACGGGAAUUGUCACAAUCACACUUGUCACGUCGAUCGCAAAGUGGAAUUGUUCGUUUUCUCUGAAUGGCUUGACUAAACGCGGUGCUUCAAAAUUGUGUCAAUUGGUUUGCCUCUUUUCCCAUUUUAUUUUUUUUUUUUUUGUCAUCUCUAACUUAAGCUGCAUCCACUGGUCUCUUUGUACACGUUACGUGUAUAUGUAUUACGGGCAAC